UUUUGACAAAUUAAGAAAUGUUACUUAUCUAUGGAUUUGUUUGAGAGAACGCGAGUUUUCGUGAAUGUGUUUGUUUUUAAUAUAAUUGAUAGUCUAAACCGGCGUAUAUUUUAUUUGCUUGUUAAUUAUUAUAAAUAAAUAAGUGUUGUUGUUUUCUUGUUGUAUAACUAAAAUGGUACAGUCUCAGUUUUCUCUGUCAUGGGAUUCGUACAAGUCUAGCAUUUGCAGUGGAUUUAGCGCUUUGCAACAGAAUGGAGAGUUUGUUGAUAUGACUUUAGCCGCUGAUGGGCACCUCGUCAAAGUUCACCAAGUAUUGGUGGCACUGGCUAGUCCAUAUUUGAAGGAUCUUAUAACUUCAGCACCAUGCCAGCAUCCUGUUAUAUUUCUUAAUAAUGUUACACAUCGCACACUAUGUCUGCUACUAGAAUACAUUUAUACAGGAGAAGUAGUAGUCCCAGCUGAAUGCCUUUCAUCCUUCGCUGAAACUGCUAAAUCACUACACAUCCGAGGACUUGAAAAUAUUAGUACUGCGGAGAGCUUGCCUAUCAAAUUAUCUGGAAACACAUCACUUUUAGAUGACAGUGAUGUGAACAGUGUCAGCAGUUCUAAGAGAUUAACCGCAUCACCUUCAGACAAGUUCAAGCAAGCACAGAUUAGUUUACCAUCAUCUGCAAGAAAGAUUUUCAUCAAAAAGGACCCAUCAAUGCCAUCUAUAGCUUCAGUGACUUCCGUACACACACCAUUAAGCACGCCAGUCGGGACGCCGCAGGAUGACCACCACUACGAAAAUCUAAUGGAUGACUCUGGCCCACACGAUGACGACGAUAUGGACUUCAAAAUGAAUGACCCUAAGGACAAGGAAAUCUCUCAAGAUGUAAAAGAAAAAUCAGCCUCAUCGAACCUACAGUUUACAGUAUCAAUACGGGGCUCUCUACAAGUAAUAUUGAACAGGUACAUUUACAACCUGCACUCUACAACAUCGCGGUCAGGCAUGAGACGAUGGCGAUGUGUUGACUACAGAAACAAUAAAUGCUCAGCAUUUUUAGUCACUAAAGGGAAUGUUGUUCUUAAUAGAGCCAAUCUACACAAUCACUCAUUUCACGACAAGAAAAUUUUAUCGAAAAUUGAAAAGAAAGCAGUGUUCUCCGCCAUUGACGAGGUCGAAGGGUACAAAGAUUUGCCGCCGGAAGGGCAAGCAAACAUAAUGUCGCUUGAAGAAUUCGGUGACGACGUAAAUGAUAAACAAAAUGAUAGUACUGUUAAAGAUGUACUAAACCUUGUGGCGGUUGACCGACUCUUAAAAUAUAUAGCCAUGUUAAAGUCGCUGAUCCUAUUCGGUUUUCUGUGUUUAUCACGCAAAAGUAAUGCAGAAUUAUCGCAGAAUAAAUAUGCCAAAUAUCUGAGCUACCCUUCCGUGGAGAGAUUUAGAGAAUACGUCUCUAUUGACACUAGCAAGGAAGAAAAUUUGAAAUAUGCGGUGGAUUUCUUGAUCAAACAGGCGACUGAAAUUGGUAUCCCUUACGCAGUAUACUCGCCUGCCGGGAAACCGAUAUUUGUAGCUACGGUCGAGGGCAGUGACCCCUCAUUGCCCAGCAUUAUGCUCAACUCGCAUAUGGAUGUCGUCAAAGUUGAUGCGAAAGAAUGGAAAUAUCCACCUUUCGCUGCUCACAUGGACUCAGACGGCGAUAUUUAUGGUCGUGGUACUCAGGACACUAAAGAUGUCGGCAUUCAACUGAUAGAAGCCAUUAGGAGAUUGAGGAAAGACAAUGUGACUUUAGCGCGUACAUUGCACCUAACCGUGAUGCCAGAUGAAGAAAGUGGUGGUUACGAUGGGAUAAAGGCAUUUGUAAAGACAGAUGUGUUCAAAUCAAUGAAUGUUGGAUUCGCUUUGGAUGAAGGAUUACCGUCCAGUGAUGAUUCUCUAAUCACUACGUAUGUCGACAGAAGACCUUGGCAAAUGGAGUUCACUAUCCACGGCCAAGGCGGCCAUGGUUACACUAUGCCCGAUGGGACUGCUAUGGAACAGGCAUAUAAAUUCAUAAGCAUGGUCAUGGCGUUCAGAGACACGCAGAAAAAGAUUGUGAAGUCAGUGGAUAACUUUGAUUACGGCGAAUAUACCAGUGUCAAUAUUAAUAUGAUUGAUGGUGGAUUAGCACCUAACGUUAUACCAUCAUCAAUAAAGGUUGUGGUCGAUAUGCGACUAUCCGUAAAGGCUGACGCUGAUGAAAUGCAGUCUAUGGUAUACUCCUGGAUGCAAGAAGCUGGUAACGAAACAGAGGUAUCGUACAUUCGUCAGGAAAAACAAUCUGCAGCUACAGCCAUUGACGACACCAACCCUUACUGGGUCACGAUGAAUAAUACUCUGAACGAUCUGGGAAUCAAGCUCAAUCCCAUUGUCUGCCCAGCGACCUCCGACAUGCUCGUUCUUCGCAACCUGGGGAUCCCGGCCUUUGGCUUUACCACCAAGUCCAAUACGAUCGCAAGACUACACGGGAAGGAUGAAUACCAAAAUGUAGAAACCUUUCUAAGAGGCAUUGAUAUUUACACGGAAUUAGUCAAGAAUUUAGGCAAUCUUAACAACGAAAAUACUACAAAAACUUGUUAAAUCUAUCUAUGUUAAUUUAAUUAAGAUUUACCUAUAUGAAUAAAAUCUUAAUAUUUUAAGAGGCUGCCAAACUGUCUUUAUUGAAGAGGAAAAGGCAUAAAAACUAGUUAUUAAAAUAAAAAAAUGCAGAAAAACGCAUUUA